AUGAGUAACAAGAGACAAGCAGCACAUGGUAAGCAGAACGCCCAUCAGAACCAGAAGGGCAAGCAAGCUGCACAAGCCGCAGCACCAGCCGCCGCUGCCACAGAGCAGAAGCCGGAAGCUCCAAAGGCUAACUAA